AUUUGCUUAUAAACUGGGUCAAGAAACGAAACUUCCUAGCAGAACACAUUAUUUGUUAGAGCAUUGAUACCUUUGAUUGAACAUGGGAACCAGUGAUAGUACUAGUAUUGACUUAAAACAGCAGGGCAGUCUCCCGACCCCGGAAGCAAACGAAACGGGGAGUGACAAAGCCCUAUCAAUUCAGCAUUCUGGAACUGCAAGUCCCCCACAUGCCAAAAAUGAUUCUAAUAGUCAGUCUCCUCAAUCUGCAAAAAAUGACACUUCUUCUUUAGGGUCUACAAUAUCGCAUUUAGUAGGGGCAUUGGCUCCGAGCAGUGACACAACUUCAUUAACCCACAUGAAUGUUACGACUUCCACUUCAUAUCCAAACAAAAAUGACGACAAAUCUUCUACUCUCAAAGUUGUAACAGAAGCACUCAAUGAUCAAAAUGAGAAACCUACUGAUAACUCGAUCCCAGCUUCGAACGAGCCUAAGUUUCAUUCUACCCCGGUAGCCUCAAUUCAAUCACAGCCGGGUAUAAAAUUUACUCCUGCUGACGAACUGAAAGCAUCAUUCACUGGAAUAUCCAACAAGAACACCGAUCCUAUUUCAAUGGUGCUGCCUCCAGAUUCCAACGCAAUUGGCAAGGAUGGUUCAGCAAAUGACAAGCCGAAUGCUUCUUCGGGCGUCAUUGGAGGGAUAGGUAUUGCAUUGGGCAUUUUCAACACAGAUCCUGAUAAAGAAAAAACCGAAGAUAGCAAUUUGGCUAAAAAUUCUAUUGUAAAAAGUUCUCCUUUGCUUUCUUCAACCCCGCCAACUGUCAGUAAAAGUCUGAUCCGGUCUUAUCCAUUCUUGAUUCUGACGUUGAAAGCAUUAAAUGUUUUGACUUGGAAUGAUGAUGAUGAUUAUUUGUCCAUAUUUUUGGUAUUAUUGGCAUCUUUUUCAAUAUUGUAUUACGAGCCAUUGAUUAUUUACUUCGGUCACUUGCUACCUGUUUUCACUUUGUGGGUUUACUCAGAAUGUAAAAUAUAUGUCAAAGCGCAACAGGCCAAAAAUUCCACAUUGGAUGAUAUCAUCCAGACUAUGACUUUGAUUUCGAAGCGUGCAGAUGUUCUCAUCUCCCCAAUUGUUGAGCUAGGAUUAUCGGCUGGAGACUUGAAAAGAUUGUUGUUUACAACAGUUUUUUUAUCCCCAGUUUACGUUGUCAUAAGUUUUUUCAUUUUACCACCAAACAAAGUGUUUCUCAUCCUCACGAUACUAAUUUUGACGUAUCAUUCCAAAUGGUCCCGUGUUACACGAACAUUGCUAUGGAAAUCACGUACCUUCAGACUACUAUGUUUUUACUUGACUGGUUUAGAUUUUGAAAGUUCAGGUUUAACAAAAGCAUCAACUUUAUUCAAUCUCAACAAGAGAUUAUCCAACAGGUUUGGUAAACAUUCAAAUUCGAGCUCAAAUAAUGAUGCUUCUAAUUCUAACAACAUUUCAAAAUCCUCUGUCCGUUUUACUUAUGUCAUAUAUGAGAAUCAGCGACGCUGGCUAGGAGUUGGCUGGACACCAAAUUUACUAUCGUACGAAAGAACACCUUGGACUGAUGAGUUUUUGAAUGAAUCGGAGCCCAUCGAGUCAUUUGAAUUACCUCAGCUACCUCUCUCCAUCGAAAUUCAAGAUUCAGAAGGGAAAGGCGAAACUGCCGCGGCUAAUGGUGAAGAAGUAAUGAAUACGAAGGGUAUGGUAUGGAGAUGGAUAGAUAAAACUUGGCGUUUAGAUUUGACAAAUGAUGGGUCUAUUCAAUUGCCCUCCACGAGACCUAAAACUACAGCUAAUCCUAAAUCAGACGAUGGCUGGAUUUACUAUGAUAACACUUGGAAAAAUCCAACUACUGAAGAUGGGUUCAGCAAAUAUACUAGGAGAAGAAGGUGGAUACGUACAGCAGAAUUGGUCUAUAUUGGAAGUAGCAACAAUAGCAGUUCCACGAAGACAGAGGUUGGCAACAAUAGUGGUAAUGUUAACAAGGAAGUAAGAAUUUCGGAUGAUGUUAGUGAUCUUGAGAAAAGCACCAAGUUUGUUUCUUCAGACAGUAUUUCUGUAGACGCUGUCGAUACCAAUGGUAACGAAGAAGGCUCACAUGACGAUAGCAAUGGCAAGCCACAAAAAGGAAAAAAAGGUGGAUUAAAGCGACACGAUGAAGCUGGUCAGACUAAGAAAAGAAAGAGUCUCAGAUUUGAAGAGCCAUAGGAAGGAUUUUUUAACGAUAAUAUUGUAUGUAUGUGUAAUGUAAGUUAUAUGGGUUAAACAAAAAUAAUCUUUAUUAAAGCAGCAAACUAAUUUUACUGUCCGGUUCAA